UCAUCCGAACCUAGCGUUGCCUUGUUAGAGUUGCUAGUAUUAAAGAAUAGCUGAUUUUUCUGUUACGGCUACACGGAAACAAACAAACUCAGCUUAUAGCGGAGGCAUAACUACUUUCCACGAGAGUAGAGUGAGCCAACACCUGUCACUCUCUCUGCUCAUUCACACACAGUCAUGGAGACGCCGUUGCUCAACGGUUUCUCCGGUGACGACCACCAACUCAUCGGCGCCGACGGUGACUACCGCCCUGCCAGAAGUCUAAAAGUAUGGUGGGCUAUUUUCUGCAUUGAGAGUGUUAAGCUGUGGAGGAUAGGAGGUCCUAUAGCCUUCAACAUAAUCUGUCAGUAUGGUGUGAACUCUCUUACUAAUAUAUUUGUUGGACAUCUUGGAGAUAUUGAGCUUUCUGCUAUCUCCAUUGCUCAAUCUGUCAUUGGUACCUUCUCUUUCGGCUUCAUGUUGGGAAUGGGAAGUGCGCUGGAGACACUGUGUGGACAGGCCUAUGGUGCAGGGCAAAUUCACAUGCUUGGAGUUUACAUGCAACGCUCUAUCAUAAUUCUGUUUGUAACUUCUAUCUUGCUCUUGCCCAUCUAUUUAUUUGCAACCCCAGUGCUCAAGCUGUUGGGCCAAGAAUAUGACAUUGCUGAGCUUGCUGGGGAAUAUGCCAUACUAAUUAUCCCUCAAUUGUUUUCACUUGCUAUCAAUUUUCCAACCUCCAAAUUCCUUCAAGCUCAAAGCAAAGUUGAUGUGCUUGCCUGGAUUGGAUUUGUUUCUUUGCUAGUGCAUGCUACACUCCUUUGGCUCUUUAUUUAUACGUUUGGCUGGGGUACAAGUGGUGCUGCCUUAGCCUUUGACAUUACAAAUUGGGCCAUGGCAAUUGCUCAGUUUGUUUAUGUUGUUGGAUGGUGCAAGGAUGGGUGGAAGGGAUUGUCGUGGGCAGCAUUUAACGAAAUAUGGUCUUUUGUGAGGCUCUCUAUUGCAUCAGCUGUUAUGUUAUGCCUUGAGAUUUGGUACAUGAUGAGUAUUAUCAUCCUUGUUGGCCAUCUCGACCAUGCAGUCAUCGCAGUUGGGUCCAUUUCUAUUUGCAUGAACGUCAAUGGGUAUGAAGGCAUGUUGUUUAUUGGAAUUAAUGCUGCCAUAAGUGUACGGGUCUCAAAUGAGCUUGGGCAAGGGCAUCCAAGGGCCACUAAAUACUCUGUCUAUAUCUCAGUGUUUCAGUCACUCCUAAUUGGGCUACUCUGUAUGGUUAUUGUAUUGGUAGCUAGAGAGCAUUUGGCCAUUAUCUUUACAAGCAGCAAGGAUAUGCAACAAGCUGUCGGUGAUCUUGCUUACCUUCUUGGAAUAACUAUGGUUCUUAAUAGUGUUCAGCCUGUUAUAUCAGGUGUUGCUGUUGGAGGUGGAUGGCAAGCUUUAGUGGCUUAUAUUAAUCUGGGAUGUUAUUAUAUAUUUGGACUCCCACUAGGAUUUACUCUUGGUUAUGUGGCUAAGUUGGGAGCAAAGGGACUUUGGCUGGGAAUGAUAGCUGGGACAUCUUUGCAGACUGUGCUACUCUUGGUUGUACUAUAUAAGACAAACUGGAACAAGGAGGUUGAGGAAACAAAUGAGCGUAUGCGCAAGUGGGGAGGCCAAGAUUUGGAAAUUGAGAAAUCCAGGCUGAUAGCCUGAUAUUUUUUGGGAAUGGUGUACCUUAGUUGCAGAGUGCUACGAGGAGGAUGAUACUGUUUUCAAAUUCGGCAAAGUUGUUGGCUGGGAAUCCAAGUAUUUGGUCGACUAGCAAUUUUGAAACUUCCACAAUGUGGUAAUUUUUUUACUCGCACCCGGUACAUGGUGUAUGAAAACAAAAACCUUUUGCAUGCCAUGUCCUAGUUUACUCAAUUUUGAGACAUUCAGCUGCUUGUCUACUUGUUUUAGUCCGUGUGGAUUUCACAUCAAUUUUGAGACAUUCAACUGCUCGUGUACUUGUUUUAGUCCGUGUGGAAUUCACCAGUCUUUCCUAACUCAGACAUGCUUAUUUGGAAGAGCACCUUAUAACCAUAUUGUCUCUGCUUUAAUAAUGAAACCGAAUUUUAUAUUCCUUUUGUUUA